AUGCGGAACCUGGAUGUGUGCAGGAAGAUAUAUUCACGAGCAAGGUCAUCCGAACAAAACGAUGCCUCAGUUUUGUUAGCAGCGCUGCAAAACGCACUUCACUUUACGUUCGCUGCUGCCGCCAUAUCCCGUGACCAUGACAGCUUGUGGUAUGCCAACUUUUUUUUGCAAGGCGAAUCCCACUCAGCAGAAAACUUUGACUGGGCGGCGGACUACUUCAACUCCAUCCAUUCCGAUGAUCAGGAAGCGGCAUAUGACAUACUCUUGCUACUGGGCGGCAUGAGGGUGCGUUGGAGCCCCGCUAAACAACAUAUGUUCAUCGAGAGGCUCAUUGCCUACAUGGACAAUAACAUGCCUCGACAUUUACGUCAUGCCGCUCUUCGCGCCGCUCGCAGUGCCCGAGAAGAAAUUGUCUCGAUUGAUGCCGUUGAUGAUGCAAGGCUACAGGACAUGGUUUUGACCCAGCUCUCCCCCGCUAUUCUGUCCGUAGUUUGUCCGCACCCAGAUACAACGCCGGUCGAUGAAAAUUCCGACCGCUUUUUCGAUUAUAACCGCGACUCGUGCUAUCUCGAACUGGUCUGUGCCCUCGCGAAGAAUUCCAAAUGGCACCCCCAUUUGUCUGGGGAUCACCAUAUAGAUCGGUGCAUUAGCAUGAUUCCAGAGUACUGCCAAUCCGAAUACCCCAACCAGCAUGCCUUUUACAUAGCUGGUAUCCUCCUCCAAAUCACACCUGAACAGGCAUCGGAUACAUCGCUUGAUUCUGUUACAGAGCAGCAGUGGUGGGACGUGAUGAGAUACGCGUGGAAGAAUUCUCCCUAUGAUUUUGGCAACACACGCUAUUUCGAGAUCCUUGUUCUUGUGGAUGGCACAAAGAAGUAUAUGCAGAAUGCUUCGAAAUCUGAUCUCGAGCAGCUUGUUGGAAGAUUGGAUUUUGUCCUCGAAUAUGUGGAAGAGAUGCAGAGGUCAGAGCAGGUGAAGGAGUUGAGAACUGUGGCAAGCAACAUGCUAGAGAGCUUUGGUCAACAAUUACCAGUGGCUAGUUAA